GAAAAAUCGAGCAGGAUCUGACGAAAGGUUUCAGUUUCCCAUCAUGAUCAUGAAAACGAGUUGGAGUGCGCAGACGGACCACGAGUAGAACGAAUGAAGAUAGAAAGAGCACCGGCGCGUCAUAGCUUUCAUAAUGAACAGCAUUCGACUCAGAAACAUGACCUCAUACUUGAAGAUGGCACCAUCGAGCUAGAACUUGAGCUACAGUGUGAUCAAAUACAACUACCAAAAUCAAUUCAAUAUGUCGUCCUCCGCUGGAGAUGCUCCUGCACCUUCUGACCCUGCUCCGGCCGCCAGCACCUCUCCCUACGUUCCCCCAGAACAGUGGGAGCCGCGCGAACUGCCGGACGCAUGGGGACGGGAGACACUGCAGGCCAUGGCCAUGAAGCCCUGGACGCAGGAAGCCUUGCCUAAAGGCCAGCACGGACUGCAACUGUACUCCCUCGGGACGCCCAACGGCAUCAAAGUUACCAUUUUUCUGGAAGAGCUGGUCGAGAUUUUGGACGACUUUGAAUACGACGCUUGGUGGAUCGACAUCAUGAAGGGGCAGCAGUACUCCCGGGGCUUCCUGGAGGUGAACCCCAACGCGCACAUCCCGUGUUUACUGGACACCAAGCCGGGUGGAGAUACAACUGGAAGCGAAGAAGGUGCCAGCAAUAUGAUCGACGACAUUCGCAUCUUCGAGUCCAACGCGAUCCUGCUCUACCUGGCCGACAAGUUUGAAAAAUUCGUACCAAGCAAAAAUGAACCGUCACAACUGCAUGACCGAACGGAGUGCCUCAAUUGGCUGUUCUGGCAGAGCGGGGCAUUUGGCCCCGCGUGCGGAAACUUCAACUCGGCGUUCGUCUACAGCAAGCCGGGGGAAAAAAACCGCGACGAGAUCGACCGCACGACAUUGGAGGUGAAACGUUUGCUGUCGGUCUUGGAAAAUCAACUCAACCGCGACAGGUCCUCCGAUGAACCACAACUACCGUGUUCUUGGCUCGCGUCCGCGGCUGAGACCGGCCCGAGCAUUGCGGAUUUUUGCGUCUUUCCCUGGCUCCGGACUCUGAGGCGGCGCGACAUGGUGAAAAAGUGGCUUCGGCUGGAGGAAGAUUACCCGGCCUUAAUCCGCUGGUUCGACCUUCUUCUCGCCCGGCCGGCGGUGCAGCGGGGCAUUCGGGUCAACAACGUCAUGGAGCCGAAUGGGGUGAAGAAUCGACACGCACGGACGGAUUUUGAUGCUCUGUGAGAAGCGUUAGGACUGCACAACAAGGUUGUAGUUACAUGUUCAUUUUUUUCCGGGAAGAAACAUGAAGGCAACUUUAGAUGACUUGUGCCUGAUCUGGCCCGGCGGCAGAAGACGAAAUCGCAGAAGUAGGACGCGAGAGUGUAGUGCGCUUGAAAAUAGUCUCCGCGUGACGUCGUCACACUUCCUGGUCAAUAGGCUACGAAUAGCGGCAACAGAUGGUGUCUUUGACGGAUGAAAGAAAGUUCGCAAACACUUGAGGUAGAUUGUUCGUCUUAGUUGGAGGUGUGUACAGUUGCAGAGAGACCGUUCGUAUGGGUAAUAGUCCGUCACUUCUGCGCAUUAUACUUCACCUUAGUAGAUCGCUUUGUGUGGCUCGCCUUGUGCUUCGUCGUCCUCGUCGCGGUCGAAAGUUCA